UUGAAAUAAAACCAUGGAAUAAAGGAAAAAAGAUUUCAAAAUAAUCUUCGUCUUAAUAUUAGUUAAAUAAAAGUAAAAUAAGAAAUCAACUAUGUUAAAAAACAUUUUAUAAGAAAGCAUUGUAUCGAAACAAUAUGAGGCAUUAAUUUCUAUCCAACACAUUUAGUUGCUUUUUGUUUAGUUUUUUCUUUGUGCUCUUAUACAGAUUAAAAGAUAAUUGCCCGUAAGAUAUUUGGGCCCUCUUUUUAGUUUUGAUCUGUGGUUAAUAUAGGUAUAAAAAAAACAAACUAUAUUUAGCAAUUUGUAAACAAUAUGAAAAGAAAUAAAAAUAAAUAAACAAUAAUAUAUUUGUAUUUUACAAGGAAACAAGCCUGAGUACAAAGAAAUAAUAUUUUAGAAAAUCAUUUCAAAUUUGAUACAGAUUGCAAAGAGUAUUGAUUUAAACUGCUUUAGUGCUAUUCAAAAUUCAAAAAAUAUACGGGUUUUCAAAAACCGAACUAACAGAAAUUUAUUGGAAAAAGGGUGCUUUUAAAAAUUUUUCAAAUAUCAUUUAUAACAUGGAACAGUUAACAGACACAAUUCCAGCGUCAAGUGUUCAAUCUAGUAUUACAAAAAUUCGUAAUUCACAAACUUCUCAAUCAGGAUUAUCAACAACUUCAACAAUUGAUUUUCAGACCCUAGCUGGUCUAUUUAAUACAGUUGCAGCAACAAAUAACACAAUAAUUACAUCAAACAACACUAAUAAUAAUAAUAAUAACAAUAAUAAUAACAGUUCUAUGCUCCCAACAUUAUCAAACAUUCAAUCAAUAAAUAAUAACAGCAACAAUAAUAACGGAAACGGAAAUAAUAAUUUAAGUAGCAAUAAUAAUAACAACAGCAAUAAUAUGUCUUCAAAUAAUUUAAAUACAGCAAGUAAUAGCAAUGCGGACUUAGCAUCAGCAGCAGCUGCUGUUGUUUUAUCAUUACAAGGUGCAAUGGUAACAAGUUUACAACAAGCAGCACUCUUACCAGCAAAUUCAGCAGCUGCUGCUGCAUUAAAUUUACAAGCUUUAGAAUCAUAUUUAACAUUACAACGUAUUACUGGAAAAGCUGAUGUUUUACGUUUUACUGCUACAGAAUCAAUACCCGUAUCACAACCAAUAUCAUCAACAUCUGGUACAAUAUCUGCUACAACUACUUCAAUAGCUGGAAAUGCAUCUUCAUCAUCAUCUUCAUCUUCAUCAUCAACACAUUUAUCAAACACUAUUAUUAGCACAUCAAAUAAUAAUCAAAGUACAAAUCAUCAAAAGCUACCAUCAUUAUUACCAUCAUUAUUACAACGUCAUAACAAUCGUCAUCAGAAUCAUAGCACAACUAUAAAUUCGGACAAUUCAUCAGAAUUACAAAAUGAUAAUUUAGCAAAUAAUAAUAAUGAUGAAAUCAAUGAUUGUGAUAAUAUAAAUUCAUCUUUAUUAGAUAAUGAGGAUCAUUUAUCAUUUGAAUCAUCAUUAGAUUCAUCAACUGAACAACAAUUAUUGGUAAAUCAAUUAGAUAAUAAUACAAAUUAUUCAAAUUUAUUAUUGAAUGCAGCAUAUCAACAAAUUGUUGAUCCAAUACAAUCAGUAAUGUUACACGACAAAGUUUUACAUGCAGCAAUUACCACAACAAAUAAUAGUAAUAAUAAUAAUAAAAAAAAUCAUCAUCAUCAUCAUCACCAUCAUCAAUCUUUAAUUAACUCACACCAACAAAUAUUAAAUAUAACAUCGAAUUCUUUAAAUCAUUUAUUAAGUACUUCAUCAUCAUCAGCAUCUACUUCGGCUACAACUACAUCAUCAUCCGCAACAAAUAAUAAUAUUGUUAUACUACAGAGAAUAUCAACUAACAAUAAUAAUAGUAGUAAUACAUCUAAUACUAAAUCUUCAACCACAAAUGAUUUAUUGGAUGCUACAACUACAAAUAUUACAUCUAAUAAUACAUCAAGCUCUACAUCAUCAUCAUCUGCAUCAUCAGCAGUAACUGCAGCUGCAACUACAACAGCGACAGCCACAAAUGGAAGUCAGCGACCGAAAAAACAAUUUAUAUGCAAAUUUUGUAAUAGACAAUUUACAAAAUCAUAUAAUUUAUUAAUACAUGAGCGAACACAUACCGAUGAACGUCCAUAUUCGUGUGAUAUAUGCGGAAAAGCUUUUCGUAGACAGGAUCACCUUAGGGAUCAUAGGUAUAUUCAUUCAAAAGAGAAACCAUUUAAAUGUACUGAAUGUGGUAAGGGAUUUUGUCAAUCACGUACAUUAGCUGUACAUAAAAUUUUACAUAUGGAAGAAUCACCACAUAAAUGUCCAGUAUGUAAUCGUAGUUUUAAUCAACGUUCUAAUUUAAAAACACAUUUACUUACACAUACCGAUAUAAAACCAUAUCAUUGUAAUUCAUGUGGUAAAGUAUUUCGUAGAAAUUGUGAUCUUCGUCGUCAUAGUUUAACACAUAAUUUAGCUGCUAUAACAACUGGUUUAAGUGAUCAACAAUUAUUAUCACCGGUCAACAAUACAAAUUCACCGAUAUCAUCAACUAAUUCCCCUGUAUCAUCAUCAUCAUCAUCAUCAUCAACAUUAUCUGGUAAUAAUAAUAUAAAUUCACCUUCAAAUACUACAAUUAAUAAUAAUAAUAAAAAUGAAAAUAAUAAUAGCAAUAAUAGUAAUAAUAAUAAAAAUAAUAAUAAUAAUAAUAAUGAUAAUAGUAAUAAUAAUGAUGAUAAUAAUGCUGCUGUAGUUGCAUCAACAGCAGCUGCAAUUGCUGCUAUUGUUAAUUCAACUGCAGGUUUUAAAAAUUCAUUAUCUGAUAAAAAUUCUCAUCAUUCAACAUUAGAUCUUGUUACAGCAAUCGAUUAAAAUAUUCUGUAUAGUUUUAAAUAUUUUAGCAAUUAUUUUUAAUAUAACAAG